AUGAAACGAGGAACCGAAGAAUCACUCUAUUCACGUAUCGACCGCGAUAAUGUUCGCUGUUUGAACGAAAAAGAACCUGGUUCAGGGAAAAACGUGAUUAAACCUUGGCAUGAAAGAAAUGAUACAACUAAGUAUGUUGAAAGCGACGCUGAUGAACAGCUAAUCUUUUUUAUUCCUUUCACAGGAAGUGUGAAAUUGAAGUCAAUUUCAAUCAGAUCUGGUCCUAGAGAUCAAUGUCCAUCAAAAUUAAAAGCUUUUAUCAAUCGAGAAGAUGUUGACUUUGAUACAGUUGAAUCAUUCACUGCAACUCAAGAAUGGGAAUUAGCUUCUACUAGUCAAAUUAUUUCAUAUCCUACAAAAAUAAAUAAAAUGUAUAAUGUGAGGAACAUAACCCUUUAUUUUCCCGAAAAUUAUGGAGAUGAAAUUACGAAAAUAUCAUAUCUUGGAUUUAAGGGAGAAUGGACUGAGGCAACAUCACCUAAUCCAGCAGAUCAUAAAACAGCGGGAAAAGAUAAAGUACAUCACAUGAUAAAUUGA